GAGCUCCAUGUUUAAAGAUGCAUGAGACGUCUUGAGCAACAGAGAAUAGAGACGGAGGCCUUGCCAGAGAAAGUGUUUCUAUGUCAGAGAGAGUGGAAGAAAGGGAGGAGUAAGACUCAUACAGAUAACAGAAAAGUUGCCAGUGGCAGUGAAAGGCCCACGUCGAGGCAGAGUAGUGUCACGACGGUCCGCUGUGUGCACGACAGGUGGUGGGUCUCCACCUGUUGAAUGAACUCUGUCAGCGUUGGACACUACCAUGGGCUGCGGGUGGGCUCGUCUCUGCUCAGCAUCGUGGCGGGCUGCAUCAUCAUCGGGGUGUCCAGGGAGUGUGAUGCUGAUGCUGUAGGAGGCAUCUUCCUGGGAGCAGGGGGCCUUGGCCUGCUUAUAUCGAUCUUCCCCUUCAUAAAAGCUUGGCUUAACAUCAACAACAUUCUUCCGUCUUUUGGAAACUUCAGAGUGCACCCCACAACUGCCAACCCUGCUCCCGAGCAACCUGUAGAUGCACUAAAAAGAGAAGGGACUCAAAGUCAGCUAAAUCUGGAACGUUCUAAGAGUCGUAUGACUUUUGUGGACGGUGCACCAAUGCCUGAAAACAAUCCAGACGAAGGAACAUCCUCAGACAUGCCAGAUGUCUUAUCUAGACGGAAAUUCAAGCAGUCACCUCCUGAUCAAGAGUUGCCAUGAUGUAUCAAGUGACCUCGCAAAAUAUGAAAUCUUAUCAUUAACUUUGUCAUCGUGGGGAUUUUAAGAUUUUAAUCUUUCUGAUUUUUUUUUUUUUUUCUGUAAAAUGAUAUCAGCUGUAUGUCGAACACCCUCUUGACACACCGUCUAAUAAACAUAUGCA